AUGUCUGGAGAAGCGGCCGAGACACAUCAGUUGCUGAGGCCACGACGACCGCCCCAAUAUCCGGCGGUGAUGGGCACCAACACGCUCGGUGUUGGCGCCAUGGCCUUUGCUUGGCUUCCUGGGAACUGGGAAACAGCAGGUCCUGCCGAGUUCCCGGAACACGUUGCUCUCCAACUGGUUCGAGCCAAGCGACAUUGGCAAUGA